AUGGCCAGAACCAAGCAGACCGCUCGUAAGUCCACCGGAGGCAAAGCCCCCAGGAAGCAGCUGGCCACCAAGGCCGCCCGGAAGAGCGCCCCGGCCACCGGCGGAGUGAAGAAGCCUCACCGCUACAGGCCCGGUACCGUGGCUCUGAGGGAGAUCCGCCGCUACCAGAAGUCCACGGAGCUGCUGAUCCGCAAGCUGCCCUUCCAGCGGCUGGUGAGAGAAAUCGCUCAGGACUUCAAGACCGACCUGCGCUUCCAGAGCUCCGCCGUCAUGGCCCUGCAGGAGGCCAGCGAGGCUUACCUGGUGGGGCUGUUCGAGGACACCAACCUGUGCGCCAUCCACGCCAAGAGGGUCACCAUCAUGCCCAAAGACAUCCAGCUGGCCCGCCGCAUCCGCGGGGAGAGAGCUUAG